AUGUCCGCCGGCCUCAACCUCAACCUCUCCUUGAUUCUGCCGCCGUCGGCGCAGUGGAUCCUCGAGUGGACCGAGCAGGUCCUCAACGCGACCUCGAGCGAGGUCCUCACCGGUCGUUCGCCCUAUCCUCCAGUUUUGCGAGUCCUGCGCGGCAUCUUCUACCCGUCGGUCGCGGGCGGCUUCGAGCCGCAGCUGUACUUUCUCAUCGGCCUCUUCUGCCUCUCGAUCCUCGUCCUCCUCGCCGCCCUCGCGCUCCGCCUCAAGCAGGGUCGCCUGUGGCUCCUCCACCGCCUCGACAAGACGAUCCUCAUCCCCAACCUGUCCGUCAUCUACUGCCUGUGCGCGCUCGCCUACGCCGGUAUCGGCAUCUUGUCGGCCGUCACGGCCAUCCGCAUCGCCGAGGGCGAGCCGUUCCCGCGCUACUACAUCGGCAUCCAGGCCGGCUGGAUCGCGCCGUUGUGGCUCGGCUUCUGGUGCGAGACGUGGGCGACAUUCUCGGCGUGGUAUAUCCGCAAGAAGGGCGCCUUCUACCGCGAGAGCCGCCUCAAGACCGUCAUCGCGUCGACGCUCCCGUUCGCCGUCCCGGUCCUCGCCUGGACGCCGCCCGUCGUCCUCUUCUGCCUCGCAGCGCGCCAGUUUAACCGCGGUUUUCGCGACAUGGAGGCGCUCUCGGACACGCUACGGGAGGCCGACGCGGCGUGGACGCCGGCCAAGGGCUUCGACAUCCCUCGCCUCUUGCCCUUCUUCCAGAGCGGCAUCGAGUUCGCCAACACGAUGCGGCAAUACUGGCGCCUCGUCCGGGCCGGCUACAUCUUCCUCGGCAUCGUUCUCGUCGCCACCUUCUUGGUCUACGCGAUCGGCGCCUCGCUCGAGAUCGCCCACCUCACUCGCACGAUCCACAUGCUGCGCUCGCAAGUGCGCGCCGACCCGCCGGCCGCCAAGAAGCCCGACAUCACGGCCCAGCUCGACGACGAGUUCUUCGAGGGCACCAAGCGCCAGGCCAAGCUCCUCACCUGGGCGCGCAACAACCGCCUGUACAGCGCGAUCGCCAUCUCGUUGAUGCUGGUCGUCAACGCCGGCCUCACGUUCUGGCUCGGCGUCACGCCGCUCUCGAUCACGAGCAACUCGGCCCAGUUCCAGGUCGAGAUCCUCGUCGCGUGCUGGUUCAACGGCACCCUGUCGACAGUCGUCGCCAUCCUCAUCCUGUUCCGGUCGCUCGACGGCGGGUCGCACACGGUCUACAUCCUCCGACGCGUCCUCCCCUUCCUGCCGUUCCCGCCCGAGAUCUCGCUCACGGACCCGUCGCGGGCGACGACUCGCGACUGGAAGACGUCGCGCGUCGAGGAGCCGCCCAAGUACCCUGGCUCGCCCGGGUGGGCCGCAGACGACGCUGCGGCCGCCGUCGUGCGCGAGGACGUCGUCGUUGAGGACGAGGCCGUCGAGCUGAGCGAGAAGCGCCCGGCGCCCGGCCCGAGCUACCUCGUGCCGCCGCCGCCGCCACCGACGGCCGCCCUCCCGCCCCGACCGAGCAGCUCGAGCGGCAGCAGCAGCGGCGACAAGGCGCGGUCGUGGCGCAAGGCGCCGCCGUCGCUCGACGAGCGCAGCGCGCUCGGCGACGCGUACGACCUCGACCUCGCGCUCGACACGGCGUGGUACGGCUUUGGCUCGACGCACGGCGGCAACGUUGCUCACGGCCUGCGCGUCGAGCUCGACGGGCCCGAGAGCGGGCCGUCGUCGUCGGCGGCGCACGGCGUCGAGAUGGUCGAGGCGUCGAUGAGCGGCAUGCGGUGGUUGCCCGCGCUCGGUCACGGACAUGCGCUCGUCGACGGCGACGACGAGGCGGCGUUGAGGGGACGGGCCGACAGCUGGGACGCUCAGAGCGGGUCGAUGAGGCUCGAGCGUGCCGGGUCGGCGGGCUCUUGUGACAAGCGGUCGCCGGCGCGGCCGGAUUCGCGGUCUGAGAAGCAGUAA